GGAAGAAGGCUCAGGCUCAUUUUUGUUUACAGGCAGUUUGCACUUUUGAGUUCAAAGAUCAUGGAACAAAAAUCAUUUGCUGAAUUAGCUGUAUCUGGUAGCUCAUGGAGAAGAGUGAUAAACAUCAAUGAAUCGUCACGGAAUACGCGAAGGAACAAGGAUGACCUUAAAUCUAGCGGUGGCUGUAGCUCUCAUCUUUCAGCCCAGUAUCUGGCACCUAACGGGAAUUCAGAGUGUAUUUAAUGACUGACCAUAACUAACAGGACGAAGAGGGAAGGAUAAUUACAAAUCACCGAGAAUCCACUGCAGGAAUACAGAAAUCGGAGGACUUCAUACACUUCUUUUCAGAUUUUCUGGCUGUCAGUAAGCCAUGAAAGUUCUAAGUCACGAUCCUGGUCUCUAGGGUGGCCCCAGAUCUGCCAUUUCCGGAUGAAUACCCACCCACCCAGAGUACUUCCGGUCUCCGGCGCUGGACGCGGCAGAAAGGCAGCUAUGGAUACAAGGUUGUGUUGAGAGAGGCAGGGGCAUGGCUGCAGCCCUCCAGGUCCUGCCCUGUCUCUUCCGAGCUCCGUCACGUCCAUUCCUCUGGGGUCCUCCGGUGGCCCGGAUGUCCAGUGGUAUGGCCUUGGCAGAACAGGCACGGCAGCUAUUUGAGAGUGCCGUGGUUGCUGUGCAGCCAGGCCCCAUGCUGCAAAGGGCGCUGUCCUUGGAUCCUAGUGGCAGACAGAUGAAGGUGCGGGACCGGAGUUUUCAGCUACGGGAAAACCUCUACCUAGUGGGCUUCGGCAAGGCUGUACUGGGCAUGGCAGCUGCAGCCGAGGAGCUACUGGGCCAGCAUCUUGUGCAGGGUGUGAUCAGCGUUCCCAAGGGGAUCCGAACUGCUAUGGAGCACGCUGGAAAGCAAGAGAUGCUGCUGAAGCCACACAGCCGCAUCCAGGUGUUUGAGGGUGCAGAGGACAACCUACCGGAUCGUGAUGCACUGCGGGCUGCCCUGGCCAUCCAGCAGCUGGCAGAGGGGCUCACGGCUGAUGACCUGCUGCUUGUGCUCAUCUCAGGUGGGGGCUCCGCCCUGCUGCCUGCUCCCAUCCCACCUGUCACAUUGGAGGAGAAACAGAUGCUCACCAAGCUGCUGGCAGCCCGUGGAGCCACAAUCCAGGAACUGAACACCAUCCGGAAGGCCCUGUCCCAGCUGAAGGGUGGAGGGCUGGCUCAGGCUGCCUAUCCUGCUCAGGUGGUAAGCCUCAUCUUGUCAGAUGUGAUUGGGGACCCUUUGGAGGUGAUCGCCAGCGGCCCUACUGUAGCCAGUGACCACAAUGUGCAAGAUUGCCUGCAGAUUCUUAAUCGCUAUGGUCUUCGUGCUGCUCUGCCACGUUCUGUGAAGACUGUGCUCUCUCGAGCUGACUCUGACCCCCGCGGGCCACAUGCCUGUGGUCAUGUCCUCAAUGUGAUCAUCGGCUCUAAUUCUCUGGCACUGGCUGAGGCUCAGAGGCAAGCUGAGGUGCUGGGCUACCAUGCCAUGGUGCUGAGCACAGCCAUGCAGGGUGAUGUAAAAAGUGUGGCCCAAUUCUAUGGGUUGCUAGCCCGGGUGGCUGCGGCCCAUCUCACUUCACCCAUGGCUAGGUAUCUUUUGGAGGAGGAGGCAAAACUCCAUCAGCUGGCAGCUGAGCUCCAGCUCCCAGACCUGCAGCUGGAGGAGGCUCUGGAAGCUGUGGCAAAGGCUAAAGGCCCAGUCUGCCUCCUGGCUGGUGGUGAGCCCACGGUGCAGCUGCAGGGAUCUGGCAAGGGUGGUCGGAACCAAGAACUGGCCCUGCGCGUGGGAACAGAGCUGGGCACACAGCCACUGGGGCCUAUUGAUGUGCUAUUUUUGAGUGGAGGCACUGAUGGGCAGGAUGGGCCUACAAAGGCGGCUGGGGCCUGGGUCAUGUCUGAUCUUGUCAGCCAGGCUUCUGCUGAAGGCCUGGACAUAGCCACCGUCCUCUCCCACAAUGACUCUUACACCUUCUUUUGCAGCCUCCAGGGUGGAACACACUUGCUGCAUACAGGGUUGACAGGGACCAAUGUCAUGGAUGUCCACCUCCUGAUUUUUCAUCCUCAGUGAUGGCAUAGCUCAUAUUUGAGAGUAUAUAAGGAGCUUACAAGGGCAGGGUCUCCUAGGAAUAUCCAGGGCUGGUUCCCAGGUCCUCGUUGUGAAUUAGGAAUCCCUGUUCCCUUAGCCUGGCUCCUUUACUGCUCCACCUACCUCCCUCGAUCUUCUCCAUAUUCAUUCCCCCAACAAGAUUCUUCUCCCCUACUUUCUGUCAUGUCAGCAGGUAGUGCUGAGGCCCAGAAGAAGCUCCAGUUCCCAGUCCUGAUUUUCUACCCAGGACCCCAUCUGUCCAGGUCUUAGCCUGUUUCUUCCAUGGAGUGAGGCUAGGGAGCCUGAAAAUAAAAAGGAGCAUGUUGUGGGGUCUCAGCUCUUCUCUCAAUGCUUCUCUGGUGCAGAACUCUAAGUAGCUGCUGGGAAGGGGACCAUGGUGCGGUCCUAGCGCUGGUACCAGUAUCUCACAGAGUUUCCCACCCCCUUCUCUGUGGGGCACUCAGGGUCUGUUGAUGGAAAUCUGUGAGGGUUGACUGUGGCCCCUAGCAGCCUCAAUGUGGGUGAGCAGGACAGGUUUAAGGACUGUUACCUAUUCAACAAUGACUCCCUGUGGCAACCUGGCUGUGGUUUCUCCUCUCCUGCUGUAGCCUUGCUGGGUAGCAUUUUUUCUACUUGCUACUAAGGAUAUACCUUCAGUAUUUGGACCACUCUUAGCAUUCAUCCUUUAUCUUACCCUCUCUUUACCAAGGGGUUUCUUCAGGCUGCAGGGCAUUAAGCUUGUUUUCUCACAUCCAUCCCAUUUCCCCAGGCUAAACAUGCCAUGUUCUGUACAUGCCAUGUUCCAUGUAUUCUGGGUACACAGCCAGAGUCCUGGUGCCAGUAUUUCAGUAUGUGUCUCCAGGACUCAAGCAGUAGGGUUCAACAGUCCUUCACCCCAUCCCGUCACAGCUGUCAGAAGUGAAUCCCUUGGGUUGGUCUGCAGCCACUGGUCUGGCUGUCAUUGAGCUUCCUUGCUCAGUAGAGAGCUCUCCGUUGGCUUUCCUCACCGUGCGCCACGGCUCCAAUCCCUAUAUGAGUGAGCAGUAGAAUCACAUAGGAAUAAAAAGCCAUAGAGAACAGUGAGGCCUGGGGCUGCUCCUAUGGGCCCUUCUUCCACUGUGAGGGUGUGCGGGGCCCUAGGUCAGAGCUGAGGUGUCCUGGGAAGAGCCGCCCUUCACCAUGGACUCUGGAUGGUCUGGCUAGCAGUUGGACCAUGAUGCAGAGACCUAGAUCCUGCAUGUUCCAGGUAUGGGGAGAGAGGGAGGCAAGGCAAGCUGGCUCUGUGGAAUGGUGUGUACCAUUUUCUUUCCUGGUGUAGAGGGUCAAAGUCUCAGGGGAUUUUGUCUUUACACUGGUGUUCUGGCAUCCGCUAGAGGGGUCCUGUCCCUGUAUCCUUGACCGUGGAAAUGUAUUCCCAUUGGACACCAAGUUGUAGGCAAGAACUUCAAGAGAAGAGGGCCGGGGACCAAGGACUUGUCUUUGUGUGGUGCGCAUGUGGGCACAGGACACUGGUGUCAGAAUGCAUCUGCAGUCCCACAGGUGCUUUUCAGAGUAGGGUCGCUUGUGGGUAUGGCUGCCACCAUUGUCUGUUGAGGGUUUUAAUAUGGGCAGAACUUGCCGGAGCUCCCCUUGCCUACCUUGGUCCCUUUCCUGUAUGCUUUCAGAGUCUGGGGGCCAGGGUCUGAAUUGGGCCCCCUUAGAGCAAACAGUUGGUGGACUUUUGCUCACCUAUGUAUUUGGCCAGUCUAGAUGAUGAAAAUAUGCAAAUUCCUCGCAGUUAAUGCUUAAUGGGACCUUCUCCCCUCCACCGAUGUCAAUUAUGUAGUUGGGCCUGGCGACACAGGCCUAUAUAUCCCAAGGUACUUGAGAGGUAGGAGGACUAGCCUGAGCUACAGAGAGAAUUCAAGGCCAGCCUAGGCAAUUAAGUGAGAUCCCAUUUCAAAGAGCUUUUAAAAAAAAACCUGGGAAUAUAGUCAAUGGUUCUUGCUAUUCUAGCAUGUGUUAAGUCCUAGCCCAGUUCCCAGCACUAAAAAGUAAAAUAAAUGAAUGAAUGGCUAAAUACA